CUUGAUUAGUUUGAUUCUAACUUCAAUCAUCACAAUUUAACUGGUAAAUUGAAAUUGUUGAAACACUUAAGUGACAAUUGUAACAAUCACAAUGAGGACACAAAGUAGUUUAUUAAUUUUAAUUGUGACAAUUUCAUUUUCUUUAAUCACAAUUACCAAUGCCGCUGAGAAAAAGAAAUCAACAACUAAAUUAACUCAAGUUGAUACAUCAUCAGAAUGUGAAUCGGCUUUAAAUCAAACUGUAGCAAUCCUCGAACCCGCUAUGUUGGUGGGAACGCAACCUUGGCCUAUGACCAUGGACGCGGUCACUAAACACUGCGAAUUGGGAACUAAAGUUUACAAGAAUGUCCGUCGAUAUGGUAAGUGUUUAAAUGGACUUUCCCGACAAGCGGUCACAAUUUUCCUUCGAGGAUUGAAAAAAUUCAUGCAAAACAUUUGCUUAUCGAGCAAGAAAAAGAUGGAAACAAUUGAAAUUUUAAAAUGUGCUUCCAAUGAAACAAUGACCGGUUGGAGUAAAUGUCUCAAUACCGCUAAUCAACAGCUCGAUUUUACCGCUUCAAAUGCCACCGAUCCUGCGAUGAUCGGUAAUAUCUGCUGUACCUACUCCUCGUUGGUUGAAUGUGUUUCCGUUUCCACCGGAUCAAAGCCCGAUUGCAUUAAGCCAGGUCGUCAAGAUACAUCGACUUUCCUAGAAUCAUCAUUGAGCUUAAUUGUCAAAGAUUUAACUGAAUUACUUUGUGGCAAUUACGCCACCAAAGAGGAUUGUGAUGCUCAUAACGCUGGGAGAGCUGAAUCAUUGAAGUUAAUUGCUGAUGGUAAAUAUAAGGUCACUGGAGCCUUUUUAUUGUCACCUUUAAUUAAAGCAACAAAACAAUUAGGUGAAAUUCACGCUGAUGACAUUUAAUUGCGACAAUCAAUUAAUUUUCUGACAAACUUUUUUCUUUACCUUUAUUAUUAUUAAACUAUCUCUGUGUUUACCUUAGAUUGUUGCAAUUGACUGUAUAUUAUCAUUCUGAUUUAAAUUAAACCUUUAAUUACAUUUA